CUGCUUCCACCACCCCCGUGAGGACCCAGGACCCGGCCUGCCGACCGGGAAACCAGCCUUCCCCCGCAUGAUGGACGAGGAGAGCCUCCAGACCGCGCUCCGGACCUACGGCGCCCAGCUGCAGCAGGUGGAGCUGGCCCUGGGUGCCGGCCUGGAUCCCGCCGAGCUGGCCGACCUGCGCCAGCUCCAGGGAGACCUGAAGGAGCUGAUCCAGCUCACCGAAGCCAGCCUGGUGUCUGUCCAGAAGAGCAAGCUGCUGGCCACCCUGGACGGAGAGCGCCCAGAGCAGGACGACGCCGAGUACCUGGCUUUCCAGAAGGCUGUUGCUGAAGCAGUGGAGGCGCCAGUAGCCCCCAGGGCAGAACUGGACACUGUACCUGAAAGAGGGGCUGGACCAGGACCCAGCCAGCCUGGACUGGAGGAGGAUGAAGGGGAGGACACGGAGGAUGAGGGAGAGCUGAGUGGGACGAAGGUGAACGCCCCCUACCACAGUUCCUGGGGCACCCUGGAGUAUCACAACGCCAUGAUCGUGGGCACGGAAGAGGCAGAGGACGGCUCCGCGGGUGUGCGGGUCCUCUACCUGUACCCCACCCACAAGUCCCUGAAGCCCUGUCCCUUCUUCCUGGAGGGCAAGUGCCGCUUCCUGGACAAUUGCAGGUUCUCCCACGGGCAGGUGGUCUCUGUGGAUGAGCUGCGCCCCUUCCAGGACCCGGACCUGAGCUCCCUGCAGGCUGGUUCUGCAUGUCUGGCCAAGCAACCAGAUGGUCUCUGGUACCCAGCACGGAUCACUGAUAUGGACAGCGGCUACUACACAGUCAAGUUUGACUCGCUGCUGUUGAAGGAGGCCGUUUUGGAGGGGGACAGCAUCCUUCCCCCACUGCGCCCAGAGCCUGCAGUAUCCUCUGACUCAGACAGUGGUGACCCGGACGAUUCCAGCUAUGCCAGAGGUACAGGGCAAGGAGCAUCUUGGGCAGCAGUCUCCCUAGGCAGUUCCUGGCUGGUGGGGACCUUGACCACCUAAGCAGAAAGGCAGAGAGCAUGACCGCGGGUGAGGGGGGCUCUGCCUAGUGCAUGACGCACAGCAGGGGGCACUAGUUGGGCCUGGAGAGACAGGGAGGCCCCCACAGGAGGUGGGAGGAUGAAAGCAUGUGUGAGGGGUCUGGGCAGGUCCGCAAACCUGCAGACGCAAAGACCUGUCCCUUGUCAUCAAGGAGUUGUGUGCAAACAUGUCCCCCAUGGUGCAACCUGAGGUUGGGCCACUGCUGGGGAGGCCCAGCUGAACAGAGAGCAGGAAGCAGCAGCUCCUUCUGGAGCUUCCGCUCGGGGUCUGGGGUCGAGUGGUGGAUGGGGGGGUGUGUAGACAGCCAUGGGCGGGGGAGCUUCAGUGUCCAGCCCCCUGAGGGGUCAGUGAGG